AUGGUAGCUAACGUUGGACGCAUUAACGUCGAUUAUGCGCACGUUGAAAGCGGAGAGUUCAGAGAUACCGUAUACUGUCCAUGUCAAGACACCUUCCUCUUCGUCGAUGCUCUACAAAGCGACAUCGAGCACCUGUGCCGCCGGGAAAUCGCCGUCGUUAUGGAAAUUGGGUCAGGGAGUGGAUACAUAUCGGCAUACCUUCUGAAACUACUUAGAGACAAUCGAAGAGGCACUGCCUGCCGUUCAACCCACAGACGCGAUAAUGGAAGUUCUCAGUGCACCGAAGCGUCAUCUGACGCAACGGAAGGGAAUUGCGGUUCAUCGUAUGAAUCUGGUUCGCCGUUCGUCAUAGCUGUCGACAUAAACCCAUUUGCCAAUGCCGCUACAAUGAAAACAUUCCAAAAUAACGGAGUUGCGGAUAAAGCUGAUGCAAUUGGAAUGGACAUGUUUGCUUCACUAAACAGUCGUAUAAGCAAGAAAAUGGUGGACAUUGUCAUGUUCAACCCACCAUAUGUACCGUCUGAUAGUACGGACCCAACGAAUCAGUGCCUAGACAUGGCAUGGAACGGCGGUGCCAUGGGCAGUGAGGUUACAGAUAGGUUCAUCGCCUCCGUAAAAGAGUACUUAUCGCAACACGGAACAGUAUACCUGCUGGUUGAGAAACGCAAUGACGUGAACAGCGUUCUGCAAUCCAUAGAAAAACAAGGGUUCCACGCAGAAGUGGGUUUUAAAGCAUCUCACAACGCCUAUCACAUGCGGCAGGUCAUUAUUACCAGGAAAUUACUCUGGGAGACGCUCUCCGUAAUUCGAUUUUGUAUGCGAGAGAACGCCGACGUAACGGCCAUUCAGCGACAAUAG